CGUGUAGUAUGGUGUGACUCACCUAAGUGCGCCACACCUCUUUAUCCUGCGCCGCCACGCCGUCGCAAUGCAGGGUAAUGGGAAUGCGAUACUCCUCAAUUGUCAGUAGUUGCCAGCUCACUUCAUACCAGAAGUAGCGAAUUACAGCAACGGACAUUUCCUUGAUGUCGGGAGAUGCUCAGAGUCAAUUACCUUAAAAAAGUAUAAAUACUGCGAUAGCACGAAUUGCAUUCCAUCAAGAUGGAAGGCGCUGCUGUGCACGAUGACUCCACGUUGGGCAACGUAACAUAUCAGCCAGAAUCGACCCUACCAGAAGACGCCAGCCUUUACGAUCUGACUUCCGAAGAAACUGCAUUCUUCAAGGCGCAAAUCGGUAUCGACGACGAUGAAGACUUGAAGAGGCAUAUGCUGGAAAUUAAGGCGAAAGCAUACGAGACUGCGCCAUAUCCUUGGAUUUGUGGAUUUGUCUUUCUUCGCGUGAACAUUACGAGUAACCCUCUGUAUGAUUACAUCCUCAAGCUUGGUCGCGAGCGCCCCGAUGCCGUGUUGCUCGACAUUGGAUGUUGUUUUGGUGUUGACGCCAGGAGGGCUGCGGCGGACGGUUUUCCUGCAAAAAACAUCAUUGCGUCGGAUAUCCGCAACGAAUUCCUCGAGUUAAGCCACGAACUCUUCAGAACGACACCAGCUUCCUACCCCGGGUGCCUCCUUCCCGGAGAUGUCCUCGAUCCAGAAUUUCUCUCCAUAGCUAAGCCGUCAAACGACGUCUCUCCGGCACCAGCCAUUGAUUUGUCCUCGCUGAAAUCCCUCAAUCCCCUUCAUGGCCGCAUUAGCGCAAUAAAUGCUACUAGAUUAUUCCAUCUCUUCACUGAGGACAAACAAUUGCAUCUUGCCAAAGCUCUCGCGGGUCUGUUAUCUGCGCAGCCAGGCUCUGUUAUUUGCGGUCAUCAGGUCGGAAUUCUCGAAAAGGGCAUUUCAGUUGCCAAGAUAUCGGGCUCCGAGCAUCGGUCGUUCUGCCAUUCUCCCAAAACUUGGACAUCUUUGUGGGAUGGAGAGGUGUUCGAGAAGGGUAGUGUAAAGGUAGAAACGGAGUUGGUGGAAGUUCCGAUUCACGGGAGGAUACUCCUCGUGAUGAGGUGGUCAGUGAUGAGACUGUAGAUAAAAACAUAGCAGUCAAUUUGAAGGAAGGUUUGGCACCAUUAGUAGACUGACCAACAUUAUCAUGAUAACUUAACUAGUCUCUGUAGAACACGACGGUUCAA